AUGAAGCCCAGACCGGGCACAAAGCCAUUCGCCGGCCUGCGACUUCCGGGAUUCAUGCCUGCUUUCGGUGGAUGCAGCAGCAACGAGGCAGCAGCGAUGCGCUCGCCCGCCAGGCCAUUUGACCGCUCCUCUGUUCCCCAUCAUCGCCACUCAGGUCCGCCAAUGCAGGCCACACCGCUCAUCAGAUCGCCAAGACGUGCAAGAGGCGAGCAACAGAAGCAGCCUCUGGUAGCCGCUUCGAAGGCGCUUGGCGCGUCUGGGGCGCUCGGCAAGGUGCACGCAGCCAAAACACGCUUUUCCACCUCGACGUGCCUCGCGGGCCCGUUCGACCAUGCAAUCACGCGACGGGACAUCCGCCGCCCAUCUGCAACGCCCUUCCGACCUCCAUCUGCGCGGCUUGAUCUGCGAGCACCACGCGCUUGGAGUCCUCCGUAUCGGCACAUCCGUCUGCUUCGCAUCCACGACUGCGGACAUUUCCACUCGAUCGAGGCGUUCCCACGACCCGCCCGACCGCUGCUUCCCACGCAUCCCGGCACGUCACAUUCUGGAAAGCUGCUCAAUCUUGUGCUUCGAGCACCGCAACCGGAACGCGCGCGAUCGGACUAG